UUAAUGUCAGUUGAUCUUUUGUCAAUAAGUGGUCGAUCAGUGCAUACAAUUAUUCAUUGUCAAGUGAAAAGUUAGACAUAAGAGGACGAAUAUUGAUGAUUGUUCAGAAGCAGACGUCAUUAGAAUGGAUUCCAAUAGGCCCCUGUCUGGUUGCCCGGUCAACAGGAAGUCUAUGGAACCCGCCAGUUCUGUAAUGAAAAAGGCACAGUUGUUAGGAUUUCAGGCUAACUCACGGAACAGUUCAGCAUAUUCUUCAGAAUUCAUUCAGAGCACAAAAGAACGUUUUACAUAUGAGUUGAACAAAGAUAAUAAUAAGUGGAUGCUGAAGUGUUAUAAGGGUGUUGAAGAGAAUGGAUGUUCUACCAAUACAGUGGUAUCAGUUGAACAACGUCGAGGAACUAAUAUCCUUAUCAUAGGAUGUGGACCUGGAGGUUCGAUAUUGACAUUCAUCGAGUUUGACACCAAGAAACAAGCAGAUGAGUGGGAAGAAUUAAUCUGCAUGGCUGUUGGUAAGGAAUAUAAUCCUCCUCUUGGAAUUAGGAGAGUACAAACUGAUAUUGAAUCAAGAAGAGAAAAAAAGAAACUCACCAAGCAAACUUCUGCGCCACCAGGCAUUCUUCUAAAGAAAAAGGAAGUAACAACUAAUAACGAAUUGGCGGGGAGAGUGAAACAUACCACUUCACGACAAAGUAAAGAAAGCGGAGAGACGAGUCCGAAUGUGGAAUUGGUCCGCACAGAGUCGUCGUCGUCAUCAUCAUCGUCAUCAUCGUCAUCGUCGACAUCAUCAUCACCACCAUCACCCUCGUCGCCGCCGCUGUCAUUGCAUUCGACUUUGUCACCGUCCAAUUCAACCGAUUUUUCGCUGCUUUCCCAACCUAGCAGCCUAAGUUCAUUACUUGAUAGCAGACAAUGGUUUUCUCCAAUAAUAAAUUGUGAUAUAACUGAAGGAAGAUAUAUGAGAAAGGAUCUCAUGGGUACCGUUCUUGUUGAUCUAAAUGGGAACGUCUGUGUGAAAUCAACGAAAGCUGGAUCAAGAUUACACAAUGGGGAUAAAAUUCUUGCAAUAGAUGCCAAACAACGUAUGACUGCCCGAGAAAUGUCCAAAUAUAUUCAAAGAAGCGACUCUGAAAAGAUUUCUCUUCGUAUAAAUCAUGGAGUUCGAUGUGCUAUCUCAAAGCAUGAACAGGGCUUUCAUAUUAAUGUCAAGAGCAAUGAGAUGAUCAAAAUCGAUGUAGAAGAUGUGAUGAGAGUAAUACGUCACCUACCAUGCACUAUAUCCGGAAAUCAAAGUUCAACUCUGGCUGUAACAGACGACGUGAAAUUCACAGAAGAGACGGAAUUUCGGCAAAAUACGGUUGACGAUAAAGAAAUGCCACUGGAAACUUGUACAAUCAUCCAUCUCCAACCAGCUUGUCUCCUUCAAUCAUUAUCUCAACUUGAUGGGUCGGUCAUCUGUGAAGAGCAAGGUCAAGAAUCACUUAACGAAGUGAUGUCAGACACUGACCGCUCUAGUUCGGGCAACAAGCCCGUGGCAACCCCAGCCAUGCCACCGGACAGUCGAAGGAAUCAUAGGGACGAAGCUUCAAAUCAACCUGAAAAGAGUCCCGCCGAUGUUCCUGCAGAUGGACAGUCUCCGAGUAGCGAUCAAGUAACAUUACGAAACCAUGGUAACACAUCGCCAUCGAAAAACAGACACAGGCGAGAAGGAAUGGUAUUUAACGAUGAAGAUUGAUGAUACAACCGUUACGCCCCUACAAAGACAAUCGAAUGAUUUUUGGAAUAUCUCACAUGUAAACGCCAAUGAACCUAUACUUAAAAUUGAGGGCAGGGGAGCGAUAGAGAAAUAGAAAUGAACAUAACAAGAUAGAACCAGGGAUAAGUACAUUUUCAUAAGAAACCUUGGGGUGGUGUUCGGAAAGUUCUUAUUUCCAUUCUUAUCUUUUAUCUUAUCUCAUAAAAAUAGGAAGACGCUAAAAUCCUCCUUUCUCCUCCCCUUCUUCCUCCUCCUCCUCUUCUUCUUCCUCCUCCUCCUGCGCCUUCCUCCCUUUCUUCUUCUUCUUUAUUUUUAGUAUACCAUCUCUAAUAUCUUAUUUAUUUCUAAUAGUAACUCCUGAUUUUCAGAUUUUACCUUUUAAUCAUUAUAAUUCUAUACAUGGAUCCCCAGAAAUAAGCUUUUGAGCUCUUGUGUGUUAUUCUGUUCAAGCCUACUGACAAGGGCGCCGGAAGCGGGGGGGGGGGCAGG